AUGCCUGCCCCUCGUUUUAUAUCUCCUCCUGCGACCCCGCCUCCCAGUAAGGGUCUGUCGCUGGCGACUGGAGGAGUUAGUGACCUUGAAACCCGGCGCCUCAUCGGCACCACCCGGUUUGAGCCUCGGAAUGACGUGAAAAACAUUCUGAUCACUGGGGGUGCAGGAUUUAUCGGAGGCUGGGUAACGCGACACUUAGCGGUGCAAUACCCUGAAUACAACAUUGUCUGCUUUGACAAGCUCGAUGUUGUCGCUUCUCUCGCCAAUAUCAACUGUUUGGAAUCUCUGCCAAACUUCCAGUUUGUGCAUGGCGACUUGAUGGACCAGGCAGCUAUUGCCAAGGUUCUUACUGAGCACGAUAUUGACUGUGUGAUGCACUUCGCUGCGUGCUCGCAUGUCCAGAACUCAUUCAAUGAUCCCUUAAACUUCACCGUCAAUAAUGUCAUCGGCACUCAAUUAUUACUUGAAGCUGUCCGUCAUCACCAAGGGUCCAGAAGGGUCCGCCGCUUCAUUCACGUUAGCACCGACGAGGUUUAUGGUGAUGUUAUGGAAUCGGCGUGUGACGAAACAAAGCAAUUCAUGCCCACCAACCCAUAUUCAGCCUCCAAAGCUGCUGCUGAGAUGUACGUUUGGUCAUAUGCGAAGUCUUUCGACAUCCCGGCUCUUGUUGUCAGGAGCAACAACGUGUAUGGGCCUGGUCAAUAUCCCGAGAAAAUCAUUCCACGCUUUUGUACACUAUUAAUGCAGCAAAAGCCAUUAACAAUACAAGGCACCGGCAUGAAUAUUCGCCGGUACCUUUAUGGAGCCGAUGCUGCUGACGGCUUCGAUACUUUACUACAUAAGGGUGUCAUUGGUGAAGCUUACAACAUACAAUCUGCCCAAGCAGUCACCAACCUUGAGGUCGCCGCUCGUACCCUUGAGCUAUUUGGGUACAAUCCACGUGACUUUAAUCGUUGUCUGACUCAGAUUCCCGACCGUCCCUUCAACGACCAGGACUACUGGGUCGACGGCUCUAAGUUGGCUGCAUUAGGAUGGCACCAGCGUGUCUCCUUCUCCGAUGGACUGGAAACCUCAGUCAAAUGGUACCGUGAGAACCUAGAUUCUUGGUGGCCUGAAGCCUCAAAGGCUAUCAACGUCGCGUCGACUGCGACCCCUGAAAGCCAUCGCGCCCACUCCAACGGGAGCGGAGUUGAGAAAGCGAGUUGA